AUAGUGCAUCAAACACAGACAAUAUGUAAUAUGAAAAUCGAGUUCCUAGGGGCCACCAUUGCUCUUAGCAUUUAUAUUGUGCUAGACUUUGGAUCAGAGGUAUCGUGUUUUGAUUGGAUAGUUUGGAGUUUGUUCUAGGGUGUUAAUGGUUUUUCUGCUUAUGUCAAGACAAUAGGCAAUUUGUCUUUUGCCACCCACAUCUAUUCAUAAACCAGAGACAGAUCAGGUUGGACUGCGGCCGAAAAGUCAAACAGCAAUUACUAUAAAACACCUGAGGACCUUUGUGCUGCAGGUCUACACUGGGUGUGCCUGUAACUGUCUGUCUCUGCCUUUGGUCCUAUAAUCAUUCAGGUGUUGUUUGACAUAAGCUAAAAUGACAGCCAUCCCCAUUUCUGUCAGUCAUUCUUUUCUUUCCCUCCACCCAUCAUUUAUCUGUCCUCACAUGCCAUAAAUCACUCUCAGCCCCUGGGAGGAAAACAGCAAAAUCAGUCCCUUGUUUUCUCUUCUAUCAUCCUUAAUCAACAACUACAAACACACACCUGUUGCUUCACACAAGUCAAGGAAUAUGUCUUAAAGCCAAAUUUCACACCUCACGCAUAACACCAUGCACUUUCUUAGAAUAUUUUCCAUGUGUAUACAUAGACAUACUUUCUUGUGUAUUUUCUGUCCAUCAUUAGCAUGUAUUUGUAUGUCUAUUGCUCCAAGCUGUCAUCUCUCAUCACUUGUGAAAGAAUCUUGCCCCAAGCAGGGGCGGGACUACUAUUUUCUUUUUACCUUUCUGUGUGCUUUAACUUGUAGGUCUUCCAUUCGUGUAGGUAACCUGAGGAUCAUGCACAGCACAGCCCAACUGCAGUGAGCCAGAUUAACAUUCAAGUCCAUCAUCCAUGGAUGAGAGCAGUGUUUCGGUGCUGUGGUACAGGACAUCAAAACCCCUAGGGAAGGUGAGGCGAAGGGUUCAAGACCUCCGCAUCCCCUCCUCCUCUUUCAGUGACUAUAAAACCAACAGACCUGCCUUGGACCUGAGCCACAAUGAGAGCGCUCGACUGGCAGUGGACACUCUGCUCAGCGGGGGCUUAGAGGAAUACCACGAGGUGCUGAAGGCGGAGGGAGAAGUGGACUUUCUGUCAGAUCAGGAGAAGAUUUACAUCCUGGAAAAUGGGACCGAUGGCAAGACAGCAGAACUUGGUGCAUCUGAUGAUGAUGAUGAUGAUGAUGAUGAUGACAUAGACUUUGAGAACUCAUCCGCUGGCUCCCAGACUGCCACACAAUGUCCCACAGUGUCCACAGACAGUGAUCCUACUGUGGCAGGUGUGAAGUGGAAUGAUCCUGUCCUGGAUGUGCCCUCCGCUGUGGUUUAUUACCAGUCUGGCAGCAGAGCAGCCGGCAUGAAAGACCUGGUCAGGGAGUUCAUCAGAAAGGCUAGAAUGGCCCUGGCCAUAGUGAUGGACAGCUUCACUGACGUAGAGCUGCUGUGUGACCUUCUGGAGGCGAGCAGGAAGAGGAAUGUGUCUGUUUAUCUGCUGCUGGAUCAUCUCAACCUGAAACUGUUCGUUAGCAUGUGGCAGGACCUCAAACUCAACGGCAAAAACUUCCCUAAACUUUCAGUAAGCAGCGUCCAAGGACAGACAUACUGUACCAAGACGGGCAGGAAGCUGACCGGUCAGAUUGCAGAGAGUUUUAUCAUCACUGACUGGACUGAGGUGCUGACUGGCUCAUACAGUUUCUCCUGGCUGUCCUGGCAGGUCCAUCGCAGUUUUGCUGUUCUUAUAAAGGGCAGCCCGGUCAUACCUUUCCAUCAGGAAUUCCUCAGGCUGUACUCCAGCUCCAAACCAGUCCCUGGCUUUGUCACUUUUAUCACUGUGCCUCACACUCUCCCUCUUUACACCACAUCAUGUGCAGCUCAAAAUGCUAACACUGAUGCCAGUGAAUCAAAAUCAAGCCCAACAACAAUGUGCCACACGGCUCAGAAUGGAGAUGCUCAGAAUACUCAGACCAAAGCAAAAAUGCCGGUUUUAUCCAGUCCACAAAGUGCAGAAAUCUACCCAAGUGUGGAUAAUUCCCAGCCUCUACACAGAGCAGGCAAUGGUACACAAAUACAUGAAAAACCUCAAAUGUUGCACCCAAAACCUCCUGUUCAAGCAGAAACACUGCAGAGUGUAUCUGUGGGAAAGCCAAAGCAUACAGUGGGAGCUGUCUGCACACAGCAUGGUGCACAAACUGGUGUGAAACCUCUGGAGAAGAAUCAAAACCAGACACAGAGUCACUCAAACCCUCUCAGUCAGACUCAAGUCUCAAAUGUUCAGUCUCAGCUCAAAAGCCUUACUAUCACCACUCCAGGUGAUAAGAAAAAGAGGGCUCAAGAGUCAAACCCUUUGCACACUGCUCCCCACACAAACGGACAGCACAGGAGUGUCAGCUAUCAAUCAGCUUUCAAGAAAAAUCACGAGCACCACAAUGUAGGUACUGAAGGUAUUUUCUUUCGACAGAGGAACAGGGACAGACUCAAAGAGCCUCUGGGGAUUGCUGCAGGUCUAAACACACAAAGACGACAAUGGAACUACCUUUUUAACUUUAAACCACAGGUGGACUUUUUAUCUGAUAAACCCAAAAUCCUGCCUCCUCCCACAUCACAGCAGAAACAAGCAAAGACAGGCCUGCAGUUCCGUUUAACCCAACCAAGAGGAUGCACAUCUGGGCAACAAACUAAAUUGUCCACUUUAGGACCCAGGAGGCAGGAUCAGCCCCAGAGGAACCACCAACCUUCGCUCCCGUCACACAGAGCCACAGAGGCUCCAAGGUCAAAGUCAGCAUCAGCAGCCACAAGAGCUCAUUUUAAACUUCAGCUGCAGCCCGACUCCAAGCUGUUCUUACCAAGUACACAUCUACAGCCCCACACCUCCCAGCAGGCGAGGCCCCCUCCAAAACUAAAUUGGAUGACCCAGAGUCGUGCUGAAAGACCCAGACCUGUGGCUCGCCACAACUCCUUCGACGCCACCUACGGGACAGGACAGAUGUUGGGCGGACAGGUGGGCAGGAGGCCAUUGCACAGCAGCAUGAAUACACCACUAAGAAGGAGCAAGAGCAUGAAUGACAGACACUCAACACGCCUGAAUCCAAACAUAACUAAGACCUGACAGAAGAAAUGUAAGUUUGACCUUUGGUGUUAUUCAAACUGACAAACUUGGACACAUCUAUUCACCCUCACACAGGCACACAUAUAAUCAGGUCAAUAAAACAUCUGUUCAUAUGAAACAUGCAGAAUAUUCUACUGUGUAAAGCUUCUGAAAUUUAUACUAAACUGGUAGGCACUGGCACUGGUAUUUAAACAAAAUUGUGAAAUAAGAUAAAUGAAUGUUGAUUUAAUUUUACAAAAUAAUCAAGGGUUUUGGUUUACUAAUAUGUUUUAAAAUCUGUGAGCCUUCUCUCAAAUAUAGUGGAACUAGAUGUCACUCAG